AUUAAGCGAUUGAUCACGAAUUGGGAUCAAAAAUGACAAAGCAGACUUAAAAGUAAUUUCCUUGCAAUAAACUACAAAUCCCAACGCAAUUCGAAACGCCAUUAACUUCCUCCGCACUUAGAAAGCUCUCCCUCAUUAGAUUAUAUAGUUAAGGCUGUAUGCUUGAAAGAGAAAGUACAACAGGAAUUUUGUUCGGCAGAUUCGAUCAUUUGAGGUAUUAAAACGCCAACUGACACAACAAGUCAACCACGAAGAACCAAGGGGCCUGCCUCCAGAUAAGAUUAAAUAUCAGAGAAAAGGGUGGACGAGACUUGCUGCAAUGAAAAUGAAGAUUAUUUCAGUGGUCAGCGUUCUCCUCUUGGCAGCAUGCGCAGUAUCGGGUAACCCGCUCAGCCAACCCAAGGAAUCAAGGGUCUCAGAUGACUUUGUUCACCAGAAAAGGGCAGUCCUUGAGAAUUAUAAAAGUAUGGGUUGUUACAGUUUUAAGAAACUGAAGAUUCUGGGAAUCUUUCGUAAAUCCGCUUACAAGAAGGUUAAAGCCUCGUCAGGAACAGGCCUCGAUAAGUGCAUUCAAAUGGCACGUGAAAACGAUUACGAAAUCAUUGGAAUCCAGAAGAUAGGACGAAACAUUUUUUGCCGAAAGGGGAACGAAACGCAAUGGAAGCCGAACGCCGCUAUUCCUACACUGAAUCCAAAGAGAUGCAAAGCAAAUGUGGGGUCAAGAAAGUCCAUCUUCGUUUACCGGCAAAGUUUAGCCACGUGCAACGUCAGCGACAAGUCAUACAACCAUGGAGAUACUAUCAUUCUUCAUAACAUUACUUACCCUAUUGAUCAAGCCUUGUGUACGAGCUGCCUGUGUUCUGCGGGAGAUAUUACUGACUGUAAUUCUUACUAUUGCGACAUCGGCCUGGGAGGUCCACCGAUAGAAGUCUGCGACAACUGGGUAACCGGUGAAGAAGGAGUAUGCUGCCCUCGCUGCGGUAAGAACAACAAAAACUUGCCUGGAAUAAGUUUAAAAGAGUGUUUCUACAGGUGACCCACGGUACGAGACAUGCUUGUCCGCUCUGAAGAUGGACGCCCAUUUUCAGACGGUAGGGUGGCAGAUGGGAAGGAAAUUUUCCCAGGGACAUCGACCGCAGGAAUCCAACACAGGGAAAAGAUGGCUGCUGUAAAUUUUCUUACAAUGCCUUGUAAGCCUGACACAGGCAAUAUUUUAGGCAUAUAGAAAUUCCCAUUUUGAGAAAAACUUGUCUCCGCAUUAACAACAUUGUGUAUGUUAGAUUUGAAGCUUUAGAACUUUUCUAUGCGUUUUUGCUAACAUAGUUGGGUUUUAUGCGCUAAGAGUUAUGGGUACUUGUACAAGUAGCCAUCUUUUUCUGUACGGUAAAUGACUG